CCGAAUCCCGGUUUUUCCCACAACACUUUAAGGCAGCACCGGCUGGACGUUUAGUGGCAGCGCGUCGCUCCGAACAAACAAACCUGCAGAGAGAAAAAAAAUUCGCAAGAGACAGACGAAUAUGAAGCGUCCUGGAAAUGUGUUCACGGCGUAUUUAGGAGCUUUUACUCUUCUACUUUGCCUGUAUUCAAUCAGAGGUGACUACUGUGAAGUGAAUCACUGCCACAACGGGGCGACAUGUGUGACGGGUUUAGGAGAGGAUCCCUUCAUCUGCAUCUGUCCUGACGGCUUUGGAGGAGACACCUGCAACCUGACGGAGAUAGGUCCCUGCAGUCCCAACCCCUGCAAGAACGACGGGUCCUGCGAGGUCAUCGCUCCGACCAGGCGAGGCGACGUCUUCAAUGAGUACGUCUGCAAGUGUCAGCCCGGCUUUGAGGGAGUUCACUGCCAGAUCAAUGUGAACGACUGUGCCAACCAGCCUUGUAAGAAUGGAGGGACGUGCCGAGAUCUUGAUGGAGACUACACCUGCCAGUGCCUCUCGCCGUAUGUUGGGAAGCAGUGCCAGCUACGUUGCAUUUCUCUGCUCGGGAUGGAAGGAGGAGCGAUCGUGGAGUCUCAGAUUUCUGCUUCCUCUGUGCACUACGGCAUUCUGGGUCUUCAGCGCUGGGGCCCGGAGUUGGCUCGACUCAACAACCAAGGCAUCGUCAACGCCUGGACGUCUGCCACCCACGACAGGAACCCCUGGAUCGAGAUUAACAUGCAGAAGAAGAUGCGUCUGACGGGCAUCAUCACUCAGGGAGCCAGUCGAAUGGGCACAGCUGAGUACAUCAAGGCCUUCAAGGUGGCGAGCAGCUUUGACGGAAACAGCUACGUCACUUACAAAGGGGAUAAUCAGCGGAGGGACAAGGUGUUUGUGGGCAACACAGACAACGACAGCACAAAAACCAACCUUUUUGACCCUCCGAUCGUGGCCCAGUACAUCCGCAUCAUCCCCGUGGUUUGUCGCAGGGCCUGCACGCUGCGCAUGGAGCUGGUGGGCUGUGAACUCAAUGGUUGCACAGAGCCUCUGGGGAUGAAGUCUCGGCUCAUCUCGGACGGGCAGCUUUCAGCCUCCAGCACUUUCCGCACAUGGGGCAUCGACACCUUCACGUGGCACCCUCAGUUUGCCCGACUGGAUAAGGCGGGGAAGACAAACGCCUGGUCUCCUGCUCACAACAACCGCUCAGAGUGGAUCCAGGUUGAUCUUGAGAAAACAAAACGCCUCACAGGCAUCAUCACUCAAGGUGCAAAGGACUUUGGGGUGGUCCAGUUUGUGUCGGUGUUUAAAGUUGCUUACAGCAACGAUGGGGAGACUUGGAGUACGGUGAAGGACGACAAGACCGAAAACGAUAAGCUUUUCCAAGGAAACAUUGACAACAACACCCACAAGAAGAAUCUGUUUGAGCCUCCGUUCUACGCUCAAUACAUCCGCGUCAUCCCCUGGGAGUGGCACGAACGCAUCACUCUACGCAUGGAGCUGCUCGGCUGCGAUGACUAGAAGCUCAUCAAUAACCAAUAAUCAAAGCUCCAUCUCCUCCGACCGCAGCAGAGAAUGGAUCCACCGAGAUCAUGUUUGCUGCAUAGCUUGGACUUUAACACUUGUAGCACUUUCUAACUAGUGACUUUUUUAUGUUUAUGUUGAUAUAUUUGUUUGAAAUUGCAGCUUUUGAUUGCUCACAGAGUCCCUUAUUUAGUAACUAUGCUUUUAGCGUUUUUUUUUGUUUUUGUUUUUCUAAUUUGCACAGAUUUGCUUAGUCUGAAUGAUUUGUUCCCUUUAAGAAUCCAAACUCUGCUCUUUUGUAGUUUUAACAAUCUGCAGAGGUAAAACAUCGUCACUAUCAUCCUCACUGUGUCUUACUCUGUCUAUUAUUCAACUGCUGUUUGGUUACUCAAGCACAAAUUCGCAUAAUGACGCAGGGUCGGUGCAAUACAGCGUAUAUUUUGGAAUUUCCAACCAUUCAGGAAGACAAAGUGUGUCCAAGAGUAGAAAAUUAAAACUUUCAAAGUAGUACUGCAGCACACUGAUGAAGCCAGUAAAUUGUAGGGCAAGUUCUUCAUGUUGUGUCUGUUUUGUUGAUUUUUUUUUUUUUUUUUUUACACAUUUUGACACAUUUUUCAGCUUCAUUCUUACAUAAAAUUUCAUUCUAAUUUAAAACUUUUUACCACAAAUGUGAAAUAUGUAGAAAGAUACAUAUAUGUAGAAAACAUUGUUUUACAUUUGUUUUUUAAUUCAUUGUUGGUCUUGGACUAAGAUCCUUUAUUAAAUGUUAAAAUAAA